AUGAGGAGGCCGCGGGGGGACCUCGGCUCCCGGCCCCCAAGACCGACUGAGGGAGCGACCUGCGCGGGGCCUGGGGAGCCAUGGUCUCCAUCACCCAACUCCAUGCUUCGAGUCCUGCUUGCUGCCCAGGCCUCUGCUGCUCAGCUGACUGGCCUGCUGCUGUUCCCACCAAUACAGCCCUUCUGUCUGGGGCCCAGCAAGUGGGGGGACCGGCCUCCUGGAGGAGGCCCCCACGCAGGUCCUGUGCAGGGGCUGCAGCGGCUCCUGGAACAGGCGAGGAGCCCUGGGGAGCUGGUGCGCUGGCUGGGCCAGAACCCUACCAAGGUGCACGCCCACCACUACCCAGUGGCGCUGCGUCGGCUGGGCCAGCUCUUGGGGUCUCAGCCACGGCCCCCGCCAGUGGAGCAGACCUCACUGCAGGACUUGAGUCAGCUCAUCAUCCGAAACUGCCCCUCCUUUGACAUUCACACCAUCCACGUGUGUCUGCACCUCGCAGUCUUACUUGGCUUCCCGUCAGAUGCGCCCCUGGUGUGUGUCCUGGAGCGGGAGCGGAGGGCCCGCCUCCCCCCGAAGCCGCCUCCCCCCCUGCAACCUGUCCUUCGUGGUGGGCAGAGGUUGGAAGCUGCGCUAAGCUGCCCUCACUUUCAGCGGCAUCCACAGCAGCACCUCAUCCGGAGUUUGGCAGAGGCCAGGCCAGAGGAACUGACUCCCCACGUGAUGGUGCUCCUGGCCCAGCACCUGGCCCGACACCGGCUGCGGGAGCCCCAGCUUCUGGAAGCCAUUGCUCGUUUCCUGGUGGUCCAGGAAGCCCAGCUCAGCAGCAAGGUGGUACAGAAGCUGGUCCUGCCCUUUGGGCGGCUGAACUACUUCCCCCGGGAACAGCAGUUUAUGCCCUGCCUUGAAAGGAUCCUGGCUCGAGAAGCAGGGAUGGCCCCCCUGGCCACUGUCAACAUCUUGAUGUCACUGUGCCAGCUUCGGUGCCUGCCCUUCCGAGCCCUGCAGUUUGUCUUUUCCCCGGGUUUCAUCAACCACAUCAACGGCACCCCUCACGCCCUGAUUGUGCGGCGCUACCUCUCCCUGCUGGACACGGCUGUGGAGCUGGAACUCCCAGGGUACCAGGGUCCCCGCCUUCCCCGAAAGCAGAAAGUGCCCAUCUUCCCCCAGCCGCUCACCACCGACCGCGCUCGCCGCAAGUACAGCCACAAGGACAUAGUGGCGGAGGGGCUGCGCCAGUUGCUGGGGGAGGAGAAAUACCGCCAAGACCUGACCGUGCCUCCCGGUUACUGCACAGACUUCCUGCUGUGUGUCAGCAGCUCCGGUGCUGUGCUUCCUGUGAGGACCCAGGACCCGUUCUUACCUUAUCCUCCCAGGCCCUGUCCCCAGGCCCGGGCUGCCUCUCAGCCCACUACCCAAGACCCUGCCCAGAGGGUGGUGCUGAUGCUGCAGGAACGCUGGCACUUCUGCCGGGACAGCAGGGUGCUGCUGGGCUCCCGGGCCCUGCGGGAGCGGCACCUGGGCCUGCUGGGCUACCAGCUUCUGCCGCUACCCUUUGAGGAACUGGAGUCACAGAGAGGCCUGCAUCAGCUCAAGAGCUACCUGAGACAGAAGCUGCAAACCCUGGGCCUCCGCUGGGGCCCUGAAGGGGGGUGA